AAGGGCCUCACCUCCCUGCCGCCACCUCCUGGGACAGCCAGUCCAGGGCCAUGAAGACCAAGAACCGGCCCCCGCGGCGCCGGGCCCCGGUGCAGCACACAGAGGCCACCCCUGGGGAGGGGACGCCAGAGGGGUCCCUGCCGAACCCGGGGCCAGAGCCGUCCAAGGGUCUGCGAAGCCGGCCGGCGCGGGCCGCAGCAGGGGCGAGGGGCGAGGGCGGGCGCAGGCGUCCAGGCCCCUCGGGACCCGGUGGCCGUCGUGACAGCAGCAUCCAGCGGCGGCUGGAGAGCAACGAGAGGGAGCGGCAGCGGAUGCAUAAGCUCAAUAACGCCUUCCAGGCCCUCCGUGAAGUCAUCCCGCACGUGCGCGCCGAUAAGAAGCUCUCCAAGAUCGAGACACUCACACUGGCCAAGAACUACAUCAAAUCACUGACGGCCACCAUCCUGACCAUGUCCAGCAGCCGCCUCCCGGGCCUAGAGGGGCCGGGCCCCAAGCUCUACCAGCACUACCAGCAGCAGCAGCAGCAGCAGGCGGCUGGGGGCACGUUGGGGGCCACCGAGUCCCAGCCCCAGGGCCACCUGCAGAGGUACUCCACCCAGAUCCACAGCUUCCGAGAGGGCACCUAACGCCCAGCCCUGGGUGGGGGUGGAAGUGGCCGCGGCUGCCUGGCCUGCUCCUCCCAGCCCCAGUCCCUCCAAGC